UCUACGGCCUUCCUGCUCCCUCUCCCUCUCCCUCUCCCUCUCCUCCGGAGGUCCAUGCAGACAGCCAUGAAGAAGCUCACGGCACCGGUGGUAGUGCUAGCCGCGGCGGCGGCGGCAGCAGCUCAUGUCCUGCUGCUGACUCUGCCGGCGGCGCAAUGCUACUGGCUCAACCCGGAGAUCUACGACGCCGGCGGGCUCAGCCGCCGCGCGUUCCCGGAGGGGUUCGUCUUCGGGACGGCCGCGUCGGCGUACCAGGUCGAGGGGAUGGCCAAGCAGGGAGGCCGGGGGGCCAGCAUCUGGGACGCCUUCAUCGAGGUACCAGGGACGAUCCCUAACAAUGCCACGGCUGAUGUUACGGUGGACGAGUAUCAUCGGUACAAGGAAGAUGUGAACAUAAUGAAGAACAUGGGAUUUGAUGCGUACCGGUUUUCGAUCUCUUGGUCUAGGAUUUUCCCAAAUGGAACUGGUAAGGUGAACCGGGAAGGAGUGAAUUACUACAACAGGCUCAUAGAUUACAUGAUUCAGCAAGGAAUCACCCCAUAUGCAAACCUCUACCACUAUGAUCUCCCAUUGGCACUCCAUGAGCAGUACCUUGGCUGGCUUAGCCCAAAGAUUGUGGAGGCGUUUGCAGACUACGCCGAAUUCUGCUUCCAGACAUUCGGAGACAGGGUGAAGAACUGGUUUACCUUCAACGAGCCGAGGUGUGUCGCUGCCCUGGGCUACGACAAUGGCUUGCACGCACCAGGAAGGUGUUCCGAGUGUGCUGCCGGAGGCAACUCCACGACAGAGCCGUACCUAGUUGCGUACCAUCUCAUCCUUUCUCAUGCAGCUGCGGUGAAGCGAUAUCGCGAUAAAUAUCAGCUACACCAAAAGGGGAGGAUUGGAAUUCUCUUGGAUUUUGUGUGGUACGAACCUUUCAGCAACAGCAGUGCAGAUGGAGCUGCAGCACAGCGAGCCAGGGACUUCCACCUCGGCUGGUUCCUUGACCCCAUUAUAAAUGGACGGUACCCGUACUCGAUGCAAGAGAUUGUCAAGGAUAGGCUGCCAUUGUUCAGCGAUGAAGAGUCCAGGAUGGUGAAAGGCUCCAUAGACUACGUUGGCAUCAACCACUACACUUCUUACUACAUGAAGGACCCUGGGACAUGGAACCUGAUGCCAGUCAGCUACCAGGAUGAUUGGCAUGUUGGUUUUGUCUAUGAAAGAAACGGUGUUCCUAUUGGCAUUCAUGUACGUGUACUGCUAGAUGCCUACAAAUAUCAAAGGCAGGGAAAACUGAAAGUUGGUUUUGCCUCUGAUUAUGUAACUGCGAAUUCUUUGAUUGUGCAGGCAAACUCCUACUGGUUGUACAUUGUACCGUGGGGAAUCAACAAGGCUGUCAACUAUGUCAAGAAAACCUAUGAAAAUCCUACAAUGAUCCUUGCUGAAAAUGGAAUGGACCAACCAGGUAACGCCAGUAUUACUCAGGGUGUGCAUGACACGAUAAGAAUCCGUUAUUACAGAGACUACAUAACGGAGCUCAAGAAGGCGAUAGAUGAUGGGGCCAGAGUCAUUGGGUACUUUGCAUGGUCACUGCUUGACAACUUCGAGUGGAGGCUUGGAUACACUUCCCGGUUCGGCCUGGUCUAUGUGGACUACAAGACACUGAAAAGGUACCCCAAGGAUUCAGCUUUCUGGUUCAAGCACAUGCUCUCCAAGAAGAGGAGCUAGGAUUGCAGACAAGAGGGCCAAUGGAUUCAGGUGUGACACAACAGUUCACUCUGCACAUCUAACUCUUGGGUGUCAGAUUUAGCUUUAAAAAACCGUGAAAAUAACUGUAUUUCAAGCUCGACACAUCUGGCUUUGUUAAUUGUGGCAAUACUAAGGUAGUAAAGUGGUAUCUUCAAAAGACCUUGAGUUUCAUGCUAAAAAAAAAAGACCUUGAGCUUCAA